AGACUCACACAAUAAUCCCAACCCUCAAGUCAAUACGAAGAAAGAACCACAGUCCUCUAUUCAUCCUCUUCCUCAUUUCUCUCUCUAUAUAGAUAUUAGAUAUAUAUAGAAUUACAGAAUACACACAGAUACAGUAUCCAAUUAGGCGUUGACGGCAGUGGAGGAAGAGAAUGGCUGUUGGAAUGAGGGAAGAUGUGAUUGAGAUAACGAAGCCUCGAACGGACAAACGGGAGUACAGAAGAAUCGUGCUUCCGAAUUCCCUGGAGGUCCUUCUCAUCAGCGAUCCUGAAACUGAUAAGUGUGCUGCUUCCAUGGAUGUUGGGGUUGGUGCCUUUAGCGAUCCAAAGGGUCUUGAAGGCCUUGCCCAUUUCCUAGAGCAUAUGCUGUUUUAUGCAAGUGAGAAGUAUCCCAAGGAAGAUAGUUACUCAAAGUAUAUCACAGAGCAUGGAGGCAGUACAAAUGCUUUUACUUCUUCUGAGCACACAAACUACUUCUUUGAUGUUAACACUGAUUGUUUUGAAGAAGCCUUGGACAGGUUUGCACAGUUCUUCAUCAAGCCACUGAUGUCACCGGAUGCUACUAUGAGAGAAAUUAAAGCUGUUGAUUCUGAACACCAAAAGAAUCUACUCUCUGAUGGUUGGAGAAUGAACCAGCUUCACAAACAUCUUAGCGCGGAAGGUCAUCCGUACCAUAAGUUCAGCACAGGAAGUUGGGAUACAUUGGAGGUCAGGCCAAAAGCAAAAGGACUAGAUACAAGACAGGAACUUCUCAAAUUUUAUGAAGAAAAUUAUUCAGCGAACCUCAUGCAUUUAGUCAUAUAUUCAAAGGAUAGCCUUGAUAAAUCUGAGAGAUUGGUACAGAGCAAAUUCCAAGAAAUCCGAAAUAUUGAUCGAAUUCGUACACAUUUUUCUGGUCAGCCUUGCACAGCAGAACAUCUUCAGAUUCUUGUCAAGACUGUUCCGAUCAAGCAAGGGCAUAAGUUAAGAGUUAUAUGGCCUAUAACACCAGGCAUACGUCAUUAUAUGGAAGGGCCUACUAGAUAUCUAGGUCACUUGAUUGGCCAUGAAGGAGAGGGAUCUUUGUUUUACAUCUUGAAAAAAUUGGGUUGGGCUACAAGUUUAUCUGCUGGUGAAUCAGACUCAACUUUUGAGUUUUCAUUCUUUAGAGUAGUUAUUGACUUGACAGAUGCUGGUCAUGAGCAUUUUGAGGACAUUGUGGGUUUGCUAUUCAAGUUUAUCCUCCUCCUGCAACAAGCUGGUCCCUGCAAGUGGAUAUUUGAUGAGCUUUCAGCUAUUUGUGAAACUGGAUUUCACUAUCAAGACAAGACUCGGCCCAUUGAUUAUGUUGUCAAUGUUGCGAUGAAUAUGCAGCACUAUCCCCCAGAAGAUUGGCUGGUAGGAUCAUCUUUGCCAUCAAAAUUCAAUGCAAGCAUUAUCCAGUCAUUCUUAAAUGAACUCACUCCUCUGAAUGUGAGAAUUUUCUGGGAGUCAACCAUGUUUCAGGGGCAUACUGAUACAAGUGAGCCUUGGUAUGGAACUGCAUAUUCUUUGGAGAAAAUCGAUGGUUCACUGAUUCAGAAAUGGAUGGAUCAAGCCCCUGUUGAAGAUCUGCAUCUUCCAGCCCCCAAUGUCUUCAUUCCAACUGAUCUAUCUCUGAAGCAUGCCUUAGAGAAAACGAAACUUCCAACUUUGUUGAGAAAGUCACCAUAUUCAAGGUUGUGGUAUAAGCCAGAUACAACAUUUUCGUCUCCAAAGGCAUAUGUUAAAAUAGACUUCAAUUGUCCUUAUAGUGGAGCUUCUCCUGAGUCGGAACUUCUUACAGAUGUUUUUACCCGUUUGUUGACGGACUACUUGAAUGAAUAUGCAUACCAUGCACAGGUUGCUGGUCUGUAUUACAAUAUAAGCAACACAAGUAGUGGCUUUCAGGUAACGGUAUUUGGAUAUAAUCACAAGUUGAGGGUCUUAUUGGAAGCAGUUAUCGAAAAGAUUGCAAAUUUUGAAGUAAAACCUGAUAGAUUCUGUGUGAUCAAGGAAUUAGUAACAAAGGAAUUGCAGAAUUUAAAAUUCCAGCAGCCAUAUCAACAGGCUAUGUAUUAUUGUUCUCUAAUGUUGCAAGACCAAACAUGGCCUUGGAAUGAUACACUCGAACUUCUACCUCAUAUUGAAGUUGAUCAUCUCUUGAAGUUCUAUCCUCUGAUGCUGUCAAGGACCUUCUUAGAAUGUUAUGUUGCAGGAAAUAUUGAACCAACUGAAGCAGAGUCAAUGAUAAAGCUUGUCGAGGAUAUUUUCUACAAUGGGCCAAAGCCUUUGUCUCAGGCUUUGUUUGCAUCUCAACAUUUGACUAACAGAGUGGUUAGGCUUGACAAAGGGAAACAUUACAUUUACACCAGAGAAGGCUUGAAUCCAAGUGAUGAAAAUUCUGCUCUCCAUCAUUAUAUACAGGUGCAUCAGGAUGAUUUCUUGCUGAAUGUCAAACUUCAGCUUUUUGCUCUGACGGCAAAGCAGCCAGCUUUUCAUCAACUUAGAUCAGUUGAGCAACUUGGCUAUAUUACUGUGCUUCUGCAACGGAAUGAUUUCGGUGUUCUUGGAGUGCAAUUUAUCAUUCAAUCUACAGCUAAGGACCCUAAACAUAUUGACUCACGAGUCGAGGAAUUUUUGAAGAUGUUUGAGAGUAAACUUUAUGAGAUGGCAGAUGAUGAAUUUAAGAGCAAUGUCACUGCACUUAUCGAUAUGAAGCUUGAGAAGCACAAGAAUUUAAGAGAAGAAUCUCGAUUUUACUGGAGGGAAAUUUUUGAUGGGACUCUAAAAUUUGACAGGAGGGAACAUGAGGUUGAAGCACUCAAGAAGCUGACUAAAAAAGACCUGAUUGAAUUCUUCGACGAACACAUAAAAGCUGGUGCCCCGCUGAAGAAGUCACUAAGCGUCCAAGUAUACGGCAGCUCUCAUUCUGCCGAGUGCAAGGCACACCAAAAUGAGCCGGUUGAACAACACGUUGUUCGGGUAGAAGAUAUAUUCAGUUUCAGGCGAUCUCACGAGCUCUACGGUUCAUUCAAAGGAGGCCUUGGUUUUAUGAAGCUGUAGGAGGCGAGAGUGCCUCAGAGGCUUAGAUCAGCAUUGUGUGAGUUAAAAAGCCUUUGUUUUGAACUCUUCAUUUUUAUACAAGUUCAGAAAAUAAUGGAUUAGUGAUGGUUUACAAUUUGCCACAACUAUUUGUUACCAACCAUGGCAAUACAUAUUUGUAGUAUAUCCAAAAACUUUCUUGUUUAUGCACCAAUGCCUAUGAAUGUGGAUUAUCAUA